CAAUUUCAAAGAAGUGAGUCCAAUAUCUUUCUUGAUCAAGUGUCACCACCAUCUUUCACUAAUUAUAAAGUUACCCAAAUCCUUACAUUGGAGGGAAGAAUAAACCCUUCACCUCUUUCCAAAGCAAACAUCAUUUAACAGUGUUUGCUGAUCGAAGUCAAAAUGGAAAAUGAAAAAGAGAUUCCAACCUCAUUCUGCAAAGACAUUCCCAAUCUCCUUUCUUCUUUCGUCGACACCUUCGUCGACUUCUCAGUCAGCGGCCUCUUCCUCCCCCCACCGCCGCCGCCAUCUCCGCCGCCCACCCGACUCCCCUCUCCCAAACGCCUCAUCGCCAUUGGCGACCUCCACGGCGACCUCAACAAGUCAAAACAAGCCCUCCGCCUCGCCGGACUAAUCGACUCCUCCGACAAUUACACUGGAGGCUCCGCCACUGUUGUCCAAGUCGGCGACGUCCUCGACCGCGGCGACGACGAGCUGAAAAUCCUUUACUUUCUCGAGAAGCUGAAACGACAAGCCGCGCGAUGUGGUGGAAGCUUCGUAACCAUGAACGGAAACCACGAGAUUAUGAACAUCGAAGGGGAUUUCCGUUACGUGACGGAAGGUGGAGUGGAGGAAUUUAGGGUUUGGUUAGAAUGGUUCCGUGAGGGUAACAAGAUGAAGAGUCUAUGUCAAGGUUUGAAACCGCUGAAGGAUCCGUUAGAAGGUAUCGAAGUUGAAUUUCGCGGUGCGAAUAAGAAGUUUCAUGAAGGGUUUCGUGCUAGGGUUGCGGCUUUGCGGCCGAACGGCCCGAUUUCUAGAAGGUUUUUUACUGACAAUGUAACUGUGUUGGUUGUUGGAGAAUCAAUUUUCGUUCAUGGUGGUUUGUUGCCGGAUCAUGUUUAUUACGGGUUGGAGAAUAUUAAUGCUGAAGUGAGUGAUUGGAUUAGAGGUUCGACCGGACGAUUUUCACCGCCUUAUUGCCGUGGGAGGAAUGCGGUUGUUUGGCUUAGGAAAUUCUCUGAUGAGGUUGCUGUGAAUUGUGACUGUUCGACUCUUGAGCAUGUUCUGUCUACGAUUCCUGGUGUUAAGAGAAUGAUCAUGGGUCAUACUAUUCAGAUGAAUGGGAUUAACGCGGUUUGCGAUAACAAGGCUAUUCGAAUCGAUGUGGGUAUGUCGGACGGAUGUGGUGGUGGUUUGCCUGAGGUUUUGGAAAUCAAUGAGAGUUUUGGAGUGAGGAUAUUGACAUCGAAUCCGUUGUAUCAGAAUAAAGAAAGUGCUUUUGGAAUUGAUGUUGGGAAGAAGGAAGAAGGUCUUGGAUUGUUGCUUACUGAACAUGGUGGACCUAGGCAAGUCAAAGUUAAGGCUUGAAGGCUUUUUAAAAUAAUGGGUUGUAGUUCAUCAUUGUUUAGACUAAGGGAAAAUGUUGCAAUAAAGGUUUCUUCUUGUGCAUUGGAUUUAGAGGUAUCUCUUUCAUUUGCAUUAUUAUUUAUUGAUAAAUCUGUAUUAGAUUUCAGAUUGGAGAAUAUUAGAAAAGGUUUUGACUCUCAUUAAAUGUUAUUUUGAUAAAUUUGUUAGCAUUCGGUUACUUUAAGGCUAGUAUGACAAAAUUGAUUUUCUUACUGA